AUGUCUGCGCUGGAUCCCACCGAUGGCGCGGAAGUCAAGGCUGUCCAGGUCCAGGCCAGUUCUACAAUCCAUGACGAGGACGUGGCCUCCAAAGAGCAGGGUCUUCCCAACGCAUCUGUCCUGGAUAAAAAACUCCUGCGCCGUAUCGACCUGCAUGUCAUGCCGUUUCUGUGCAUUCUAUACGCCCUGUCACUCAUCGACCGGACAAAUCUGUCCUCGGCCAAAGUCGCUGGCAUGGACGUGGAUCUCGUCCUGACAGGAUCGAGGUACUCGGUCGUGGCCCUGGUCUUUUUCCCAAUCUACAUUCUGGUGGAAAUACCGACCAACUCAGUCCUCCGCUGGGUGGGAACCCGCAAACUCCUCUCGGGGAUGAUCUUUUGCUGGGGGGUCGUCGCCAUGUGCUGCGGCUUCGUGAAGAGUUACGAGCAGCUCAUUGGCGUUCGAAUCUUGCUUGGAUUUUUCGAGGGCGGGUUCAACCCCGCCUGUAUCUACAUCAUUACCUGCUGGUACAAGCGAUACGAAACACAACAGCGGUUGGCGGUCUGGUAUGUGUUCGGGGCUGCUGUCAACGGAUUCAACGGUGUCCUCUCGUACGGCCUCAGCAAGAUGGAGGGUGCGGGCGGACUCCGCGGCUGGCGCUGGAUCUUUAUCAUCCCUGGACUUGUCACAGCCAUCCUGGCCGUCCCAAUCUACUUGUACAUUACCGAGUUUCCGGAAAAAGCCAAGUGGCUCAAGUCCGGUGAGCUCGAGCAGAUCCAGGACCGGAUCCAGCAGGAUCGUGGCGAAGUGUAUUCCGACCGGGUGUCGUUCAAGUCAACGAUGGAAGCUCUGCGUGACUGGAAGUGCUGGAGUCUCGCGCUCUUGUUCUUCUGGGUUGCGACCGGAUCAUAUUCAUUGUCCUUUUUCACGCCGUCCAUCCUGAAAGGCCUGGGAUAUAGCACCGCACUCAGUCAGAUCUUGGUUACACCGCCCUAUCUGCUUGCGGUACUGUGCUCGGUGGCGGCCUCGGUGGUAGCCGAUCGCGUUCAGCACCGCUCGCCGUUCAUCAUCUUCUUCAUGGUCAUGACUAUUGUCGGAUUGAUCAUGAUCGCCUUUGGAAACAACCUUGGCUGCAAGCUCACGGGGCUCUUCAUUGCGAUUUGCGGCAACAACAGCGCGAUCCCCGCGGUUAUCGCGUUCCUCGCCAACAACAUCCCCCAGUCAAAUAAGCGAGCCAUCGCCGUCCCACUGCAGACCGGAUUCUCCGGCCUCGGAGGCAUCGCCGGGUCUCUGAUCUUCCGGGAACAGGACUAUCCUCGAUACCUGUUUGGUAUCUAUGCGUCUCUAACCUCCAUGAGUAUCUGCAUCGCAAUGACCCUUCUUAUCGUCGCCAUCUUCCGCAACGAAAACAAAAAGGCAGAGAUGGAAGGAAAAAUUCUUCAAGACACACCUGGUUUCCGCUACACUCUUUGA